AUGUCUUCCCAAGAGCCCAGCAAAGUAUCCGGUCAAUUCCACUCUGUCAAGGGUACCGCCGUCGAGACAAUCGGCGACGUGACGGGUAUGUCAUCUUGGUCGCAGUCGGGUAAAGAAGAACACGCCAAGGGGGAGGGCGAGUACAACGCCGCCCAAGCCAAGGGAUAUGUGGAGGGUGUCUCUGACAGGGCUACCGGUUACAAAGACUCAGUCGUUGGCGCUGUGACUGGCGAUAAAUCUCAGCAGACAGCUGGGAACGUCAAGAACGAGAAGGGCCAGACACAGCAAGAGAUCAACAAACCCACAUGA